GUUUCGCGUUCGAAACUUCAAAAACUAUCGCGCUACCGUGCUAUAUCAUAGAACAAUGGCUAUUAUUGUUAUAGUCGCUUAUUGUUUCUCUGUUUCCACUGCAUAAUAAUUAAUGAUUUUUAUUGAAUAUUUUAAUACCCGAUGAUAACUAUAAUAUUUUAUGCACGCCCGCGACCUACAUUGAUGGACAGAUCGACAUUGAACGUGAUGUAAUAUUUUAGCGAUUAUAAUAAUUACGUUCGAAGCCAGUAUUGUAUUUGCGAUGAUAACGGACGGCUGAAAACUGUGCAGACAUUGAUCAUGGGUAUUGAUUAUUCUUUUGACCGGCUCGAUCGCCAUCGAUUCAGUUGUAACAACGAUUUAACUGAUUUUAGAUUGUAGGUACAGGUAUUACAACCUUGUUAAUCGUCUGUUCGGCGUAUCGUAUUUAAAUAAACAACGAUAAUUAUUAUGAUAAUAACAUGUACCUACACGGUAGCCGGUUCGGUACGAACAAAUCGGACAACUUACUGUUAUGUAUAGACAGUGUAAUACGCUUCGAGUAACUAUGAUAAUAUGUAAUUAUAAAUAUUCGACCACUGGCUGCCUUUCGACACGCGAGACGGAGGACAGACGGACGCUGGCACUGCAGUUAUCGACUGACGAUCUUAUUAUUACUAGUAAAUUAAUAAUAAAAUAAUAUUACUACGUUAUGAUGUGUGCAAGCCGAGAAUACAGUAGCGCCGAUCGUUCUCGGAUGAUCGCACAUGCGUCCGAUCGGCAACCACUGUUGUCGGGUACCUAACGAAACGAGUACCUAACGACCUAUACUCGUCACAGUCGUCGUUCGAUCGAUCGCGGUUUCGCGUUUUUUUGUCAGACAAAUAAUUGCACACACACAUGUGUUACCUAUCCACCUCAGUCCGCAACCGAUGGCAGUCCGACCUGAGAAAUUCACCAUGAGGAGCAUUGCUCGAGUAGCGUUCGUCCUGAUCGCCUACAGUGCAUCCCGUGCAUGUGCAAGAUUUUCAUUCAAUACCCAGGACUUGGUAUUGUUAGUGAAUGAUUCGGCAACACUCACAUUGACCUUAACGGACAAUGUACCAGGAAAUACCACAUUAAUCCUCAGCACUAAUCAUAAAGACUUACUGACGACAAAUAUUUCAAAAAUAGAAGUCACCAAUUCUACAGGUCCAAAUGUAUGGCCAAUAGAGUUGUUUGGUCAUGAUGCCGGCCACGAUUUAUUAAAAGUUGAUGCUUAUCCUGCUUCCAUAAAAUCUAGUGAUGCUUUUGUGCGAGUCACUCUGCAACAUUCUAAUGAAUUGGCUUUAUUCAGUGUUGUUGUUGGAUGGAUUUAUUUUGUUGCAUGGUCAAUAUCAUUCUAUCCUCAGAUGUAUGAAAACUGGAGACGUAAAAGUGUUGUGGGUUUAAAUUUUGACUUCAUUGCAUUGAACUUGAUUGGAUUUAUGUUAUAUUCGAUGUUCAAUGUUGGUCUAUGGAUACCUGAAAUUGAAAAAGACUACUCUGCCCGAAAUCCUCGUGGACUAAAUCCAGUUCAAUUAAACGACAUUUUCUUUUCUAUUCAUGCUGUAUUUGCUACUUUAAUAACUGUGGCCCAAUGUUAUUUUUAUGAGAAAGGUGAUCAACAAGUUUCUCGGACAGCGAAAUCAAUCAUGUCCUUUUACGGAUUACUAAUAGCCAUACUAUUAGUUCUAGUAUAUUUACAAAAGAUAGUAUGGCUGGACUUCCUUUAUUAUUGCUCAUAUAUAAAGUUGACCAUAACACUUAUCAAAUAUAUUCCACAAGCGGUAAUGAAUUACAAGCGUAAGAGUACAAUUGGUUGGAGUAUCGGCAACAUAUUCUUAGAUUUCACAGGAGGAUUACUUAGUAUAUUGCAGAUGAUUAUCAACGCAUAUAACUACAAUGAUUGGGCCUCAGUAUUUGGCGAUCCGACCAAAUUUGGUUUGGGUUUGCUGUCAGUGAUUUUCGACAUAUUGUUUUUCCUGCAACAUUAUGUAUUCUACAGUGGAGUUAACUACGCAGAAUUUGAAAAUUGUAAUGUGGUAGAAGUGGAGAAUGAUGAGGUUACUAAUUCAGAAGAGCACACUAAACCAACUGAUAAACCAGAUGACCAGAUAUGUUAAAAAAAAAAUUGUUAUCAUUUUUAACUCUAGACUUUGAUAAGUCAACAAUUUAACUAUGCUAAACAUCUAUAUUGCAUAGGUACAUCUAAACAAGACUGAACUUAUCCACUAACACCAAAGUUAUUUUAAGAUUUACUUAUUUUCUUUUGUACAAUAUUUAUACUAUGUUUUAUACUUAUUUAAUAACUUUAAUUUAAACAUAAAUGUGAAGUACCAUUUUUUAUUGGAGAAACCUAAUUUUUUCGAUCAAAACUUUUAGGCAGAGAUUUUAGGGUUUCAGGUGGCUUGGCUAUUUACAAAGUCAUCUCUAAUGUGUUACCUAAUCACAACUUGUAAAAUUGCAAUAACUAAUUUAGUAAUAUAUUACCUAUUGUGUAUUGUAAAAUAUGAUUUGAUAAAACCAGUAAUUAAAUCUCAAACCACUUGGAGUAUUCAAAGCAUUUACUAUCAUAAUAAUUGUUUAAUGAUUACAUUUUCGAAUUAAUUGAAAAACAAAUGUUGUAUACCUACAAAGCCUUACUAACUUUACUACACUACUAAACUAAAUAAUAACUAUUAGGCAUUAACCAUGAUUAAAUAAUUUGAAUUUUGGUUUAGUAUAUUGUACUGUGGUAACAUUCCAUGUGUCUAUAAAACUGAUUAUAAUUUUGCACCUCUGAAAGAAUA